UUCAUCUGCAUCUCCAUCUGCAUCGCCGCCGCCAUCCUCGAGACGGCGCACGUGAUGCUUUCAUGCUGAAUGAAUGUAUGUGGACGAGGUUGACGAGCCUGACACGGGCGGGCAUACGCCAUGCAGCAGCCAGAUCCGCCGUGCUCACAGCAGCAGCAUCAGCAGCAUCAGCAGCAUUCCCCCGCUGCUACAUCGCAUCUGCAUGUCCACCACCGCGCUCGAGAGGAUGUUCUGGGAUCGCCGCCGCACGCGAACAGCCGUUGCAGGAGCCCGCGGAUGAUUUUGCUUGGACGCUGCCAGUGGUGUGUCCAGGAUGCGGCGGCUUGAGCCAGACGGUGGACAGCGAUGCGGCAGGCUUCUACAGCCCCAAGAAGCGCAACCGCCCUAUGCAGACACGGGAACCCACCAGUCUCGUCAAGAAGAGGGAGGCUGAGGAGGCCGUGUGGCAGCAGGCCGUUGAGAUGCUGGCACAACAGGGCCAUUCUCCUCUUCCUGCUGCAACUGUAGAGACGACAUCGACAUCGAUGAAAGCAGAGAAGACAGAAGGACCGCUGCUCUGUGACCGCUGCCAUGACCUGGUUCACCAGUCUCGAGGCCAGCCAAUCCUGCAUCCCUCGAUUGACUCGAUCCGCGCCAUCAUCGAGUCCAGCCCGCACCGUGACAACCACAUUUACCACGUUCUCGACGCUGCCGACUUUCCUAUGUCGCUUAUUCCCAACCUCGUCUCAUCCCUCGACCUGCCACGUCUCCGCACGCAGAACCGGCGGUCGAAGAGCCGCCAGUACAUCCGAGGCCGCACUGCUGAUGUGUCGUUUAUCAUUACGCGAUCAGAUCUGCUUGCUCCUCGAAAGGAAGACGUCGACCGCAUGAUGCCAUACCUGCAGGAGGUGCUGCGUGACUCUCUGGGUCGAGCUGGCAAGAAUCUGCGUCUGGGCAACGUGCGAUGUGUUAGUGCCAAACGCGGUUGGUGGACGCCUUCGGUUAAGGACGAAAUAUGGAAAAGGGGCGGAGCGGGAUGGGUGGUGGGGAAGGUCAACGUGGGCAAGAGCGCUCUGUUCGAAGUUGUGUAUCCCAAGGGCAGGUCUGCCAAUCCGGAAGUUCAGGCCAAGCUGCAGAAGGUGCGGCAACGUGGAGCGUUGAAUCCACCUAUUGGCAAUAGCCAGUCGUUGGACGCACUGGACCAGUCAGAUGUGGCGGGUAUUGGUGACAGCAUGCUUGAAGCAAGUGAGUCGAGGCUGCACGAGAAUCUGGAAUCCCAGGUGCAAUCUCCUGUCGUUUGCGAGAGAAAUGCUCUGCUGAAAGUUGACUCUCAACCCGACCAACUUGAGCAGUCUGCAUUGGCCGAGAACGAAAUUUGGGACGAAGAUGAGGAUGAAACCCUCUCGAUGCUGCCACCAGCGCAGCCAGAAACGGAAUACCCGCAUAUGCCAAUUGUGUCUUCACUACCUGGCACGACAGCCGCACCAAUCCGCAUACCAUUCGGGAAAGGCAAAGGCGAACUUGUCGAUCUACCUGGGGUUCAAAGAAGUUCCAUGGAGACCCACAUCAAACCAGAGCAUAGGAGCUCACUCGUGAUGACUAGAAGAAUAGUUCCCGAGCAGUUCGUGCUCCAUUCUGGCCGCUCUCUAGUCCUAGGUGGCAUCAUUCGCAUCACACCCAAGACUGAGAAUGUGACUUUCUUGGUCUAUCCCUUUACGCAGCUAACGCCACAUGCUACGAGAAACGACAAAGCUGUAGCGAUACAGACUGGCAUCAAUGAGGAUGGCAGCCCCUAUGACGGUACUGUAGAGAACAUCGGCACAGACACUGCCAAAAAUCGAAUCAAGAGUGCUGGAGUAUUCACAAUCCAAUGGAACGCUACCAAGAAGCGAACUGGGUCUUUAACAGAUCGCACUGCAGGAAAGCAGAAAGCCGACGAGUUGCCUUUCAUAGUCUACAGCGCUGAUGUUCUGAUUGAGGGUGUGGGCUGGGUCGAGAUAGCGUGUCAGGUGCGAAACAGGAAGAAAAGCCUGCUGUCUGACGCACUCUCGACUGAGCUUGGCCGAGAUGUGGAGAGCAAUGAUGUAUUGCCAGAGGUGGAAGUCUUCAGUCCAAAGGGCAAGUUCAUUGGUAUCAGGAGGCCUAUGAAUGCGUACAUUACGGGCGGACCCAGGAGAAUGGCAAAACAUGCGAGGAGAAAGAGGCCGAGAAUGAGCAUUUCUUAUCAAAAGAGAAUGGAAGGUGGCAGAAAGGGAGGCCAAACAAAAACGCCAUAAAAGCUUCUGUGGACCACAGCAUGGUUAUAGAGCUUUGCGGCUUCCACACUGUACUUGUGAGGAAGAACUAUGUGGUCUGUAAUGAGGUAGACCAGACAAUGUACAAAAGUCC